UGCUGCCAAUUACCAUCCUUCCCUUCGUGUUCCCUUCACGCUUUGAAGACGCUUCACUUGGCACUGCAAAGCAAUCAAAGUGAUUUCUUUGCACCAAUGUGCAUUAAGGCAUUGGUGCACAUCUCCCGUUUAUGGCCCUGAGCCAGCGGUGGAAAUUCCCCAUUCGUAUGGCGGGGGCGAGUCUAGCCACUAUCCAUGAGACAACCUCUGUUGAAUUCCCCACAAAGUGGUAUUAAUUUAUCCCCCCCCCCCCAUUCUAGCCGUCAAAGGAGCGAUGGGGGCAGAGUCGAACCUAGACCCAGAAUCUGAAUUCGCAACCUUCCACCCAGGGAUACAACUCAAGAUCAGUGGGUGCGCGGUAAUGUUUUGACGGUUGCCGUACUGAUCCAUCGGUUUGUGUGCGCGCGCGUGUGUGUGUGUGUGUGCGCGCUUGAAUCGACGAUGUCCGAAACAAUAAUAAUCGCCGAAAAGAUUCAGGCGGUGGAAACGGCGGCUCUGGCGGCUGCGCGGGAGGGCGAUUCUGCCCUCCGGGCCGUUGCCAGCUGCAGCCCGCUCCUGCACUUGGCUUACCCGUCGGGCCAGGCCUUCCGCAGGCCCGUGGCCAUCACCCUGCCCUGCCCGCCGGCCCCUGAGCACAAGGCCGCGGGUACCGAGACGGACGGGCGGGGACCUGCGCCGCCGCUGGAUCGCGCUCACAGGGCCGGGGCCACCAGGUCGGUGAGCUCGCGGAGCAGAGAGCACGGAGGUGGUGACCUCCGCCUGCUGGUGCUGCGCAGCGCCGAGCCCACGGCGCCGCCCGAGUGGGAGGUGCAGGACUGCGCGUCCCUGCGCAACCUCCACAAGGGAUUGGUCACCCUGGAGCUCGACUCGCCCGUGCACAGGCUGCUCGUGGCGCGCGUCUCGUCGCCCGUCGACGCUGCCCUCCUCGCUCGCUUUGCCCGCGGCGUCGAGGCGGCACUGUCGUCCACCGCGUGCCGCAUCGUGGCGCGGUUCCGGGCCUCCGACCCCGGCCGCCUCGCCCUGCGUCUCGUCGCCGCGCGCGACGCCGACCGCGAGUCGGAGCGCCUGGCCGAGGAGGGCUACGACGGCGCUCCGUCCCUGACCUCCGUCUUCGCCAUGCGGGAGGGCGAGCAGCUCGUGGCGAAGGUCACGGGGAACGUGACGGCGGCGGCGGCGGCGGCCGUCUCGGGCGUGGCGGGGGCCGCGCCGGACUCCUUGUGCGCCACGCUUACGUUCCACGCGCAGAGACGCUCCGUGGCGCUGCUGGAGCUGGGCGCGCGCGACGAGUUCGCCAACCGCAGCUCGCCGCACUACAAGGGCGCGGCGCUCUUCUUCCGCAGGGACCGCGGCCAGAUCGAGGCCGGGGAGUGGCCCGCGGCCCACGACAGCAGCCUCGCGUGCUGCAGGCUGCCACUCGCCUUGCCAAAGAAAGAGCGACUGCUCAGCCGCCCCGUGAGCUCCAGGAUGCUGAGCUUGGAUCAAGACGGCAGCGGCAGUGCGUGGCUGGGCUUGGUGUCGGAGCUGUCGGAGCGAGACUCGCGCCGCCUCGCCGGCUCCCUGCGCCUGCGCCGCGCCACCCUGCAGUCCCGGGGACGCUCGGCGCAGCGCGCCCGUUCCUUCGACACCGACCCCGGCGGCACCGCCGCCGCCGCCGGCGGCGAGCCGACCCCGUCCUCGUCUUCGUCCGCCGCCACGGAGGGGAUGAUGGCGGCCCUCGCGCACUGGCGGGGCGGCCUGCCCGCCUGGGCGGACAAGCGGGCGCUGCUCGCCGAGCACCUGGCGCGCGCCGGUCGCUGGGACCUGGCCGCUUCGCUGCAGAGGGGCGAGCUGCUGCCCGGGGUCGCGGCGAGGGGGGUCGCCGGCCGCGCCGUUUCGGCGGACAGGGUCCUGGGUCACGGCGUUGCGCUCGAUCGCGUGUAGCCGCGGCGUGUGGGUGGGUCGCUCGCGUGUAGUCGCGGUGGGUGGGUGGGUCGCUCCGGGCCGCAGAGAUUGUAAAAGAGGUGGAAGAACAGUCGGUCGCGCGCGUAGAUUCCGUACCGCUUUGCAACACGCAUUCGUCCUCGGAAGUAUUUGGUUAGUGACGACGAUGCUUUAUAAAGCCGCUGCUCAACGAGACGAUGUGAUGUGGUGCUUGGCGUGUGCAGCCGCAAGAUGAUGUCGCACGUAACUAUGCCAUGGGGUAUAGACGAGGCCCACGCAUGACGUGUGAAGUCAUGUUCGCUCUGGCUUGUAGCUCUCCAGAUUUAUCGCCAAGUUUUGGGCAACCCUUUGAUCAAUGUGUUUUUCCUGCAGGUGAAGUCCCUGAUAGCAGCGCAACUUUACACUCAAAUUUUCGUUCAGGUUGGAUCAUCUUUGCGAAGAGUACCGCGACCGCCCCGCAUUACACAGAGAGACGCACACGCAAAGGUCAUAGCUAAUGCAUUCACACUCGCACUGUGGGUAGUGCGCUCAGUGUCGCCCCAACGGGUCUUUGGAAGCCAGGGGCGAAAUGCCAGAUGAGGCCUCUUCUGCUAAGGCCCUCCUGGCGCCUUUUUCGAGACCCCAUUGGGAAUCCAUGGCCUCGAUUCCACCGGCAGUUGCGAGUGGUACGUCUAUUAUGACUGAACCUGCAACAAUUCCCCUAACCCCCCGCCCCCCAGCCCAGAGUGAUUUGAUGAGUUGUCAUUUUCCGGGGUUGGGAUUCGAUUAAAUGAAUCGGAUUCGUUUGUCUCGUCUCACUGCUCCAGUUCCAAAUUUUCGCCGAGAGCCCAGAUGUAAAACGAGUGCGUUUUCAUUCGUGAUGAUUUACAACACUUUUAAACGAUCUACGUACGGUAUUCCCACGCGCUUGCUUGCCAUGCACGUAUCGCGAGCAUAGAAAGAGAUUUAAAUCGAUCAAUUGGUGCAUCGUUAUCUACAUGAUUCGCAGCCUGGCUUUUGAUGGCUAAGGUGUCACAGCACUGAGAUGUAAUGCAAUGUAGAGAGUCAGUGAAGAAGCACAUCAAGAUGCUGGGAGCAUCUCGAAUGCGCAGUGCCUUCGCAUCACGCUGUGCACUUAAAUGCAUGUGGAGGUCUCGCCUAAAGCGAUAAGAUGGCAUCGCAGAGAUUCUGGGUUGGAGAUCCGGGUAAAUACCCACGGUUAGACUGGGUUCUCAAGUGUAGUCCAUUAAUGGUCUUCGCAGGUUGCAUUUAGAUACUGAUAUGACUCGAAAUUGUAAAGUGUUAGAUGAAUAAAUUCUUUUCAUGACCCUUCUGAAAAAUCGUGAGACUCAGCGAGGACUUCCUGGGUGAAUACAUUUUGAGUUGUUUCACAAAAAAUAAUAAGAUUAACUUGCUUAUCUGAGCUCGAAAACAAAAUCUGGCUCAUGAUCAGCAUCAUCAUAUGUAGUCAAUAUUUUGAUUUAAUGUGAUACUAAAAUGCAUUUGCUCACAAAUGAAUGUGUGGACUUUUGAUGACACUGUGAAUGUGUACGUUCUGGUGCAUCGCUGGCAGUCGGUGUCUCAACCUGCCCACGGACCUAUUCCUGGUCGACUGGGCACAGAGGUAAUUGUACGUUGCGAAAAGACGGCACUAGGCGAACAAAGGUGGCCACACGGACAUGGUACCGAUCAUACCAGCCCCCCCCCCCCCCCC